AUAUAAGACGAGGAGUAUGCGCGUAUUUUUGGACAGUCUUUGUGCAGGAGCUCGUCGCGUUUGAACCCUGAGAACAAAAGCAGUGCAGGCGCACCGGAACCUCAAUGGGCGUCAUCUAUAAGAUUCUUAAGCAGCAACGUGAGCAGCAGCACCGGGGUCUUACCAUGGACCUUAGCCUGAGCACGGCCACUAAGUGUAAGGUGCAGGCGGCCAUUAAGCAACGCCAGCAGCAGCGCCAACUUGAGAACCACCUGGAGCCAGAGCCAGAACCAGUUCGGAGCCAGGAGAGGGAUCACGACAAGGAAGAGCUUUCCGAGCAGCAGUUGCAGCAGCUCUGCCGCUUUCUGGCCGAGAAUGCGGCACGCAAAAAGCGCCAAAGCUUCAAGCUGAAAUACGAUAGCGAACUACCAGCGGAUCAUGUGAAAGAUCGGGAACACGAACAAGAGCGAGAAGGGGAACGGGAGCAGGUGGAACUCUCAUCGCCAGGCCAAGUCAUAGAGAUGGAUCUAAUCGAGCAGCUGCAUCAUGCCCACUUACCUUCCACAGCCACAGCCAGGAGUAAUGCGUCCACGGCGCCACGUGACAGCAUCCUGCUGAAGAUACGCCAUCAGAUCUUCGAGCGGAAGCGACAGCGCCAGCGGCAGCUGGCAGAGCUAGUGCAACAGCGACUGGUGGUGUGGCGCCCGUGGUAGGGCUCUCCUGCAAGUACAGUCCUGGCCAUAGCCAUAGCCAUAAGCGAGAGAGACUCGAAAACUGAAACUAGUCUAGGGUUAGGUUUUAAGAAUGCUUUAGGUUUUAUUCCUUCUGCAGAGUGAUGAUCGCGCUUCUCUUCCAUUUUUCCCUUUCUAUUUUUUUUGCUGUUAAUUAUAGUUAAUAGUAAUGAUUUUUCCUUAGCUUAAGUCGAUGC